UAAUAGUUACACUCGCCUCUUCGUUACUCUUACUUAUAUUCAAAAUCUAAUUACUGGAAACAUGUGUAUAUUCUUAUUAUGCUACUCGUUUUGUAGAGAGAGCGCCAUGGCAUAUGAAUUAGAUGAGCAAAAAAAGGUUGGGUUAGGUCUCAUUGGAUUUGGCAUCCUUUUCACAUUUCUUGCCAUAAUUUUAUUCUUCGACAGGGGUUUGCUUGCGCUGGCUAAUAUACUUAUGUUGGCAGGUGUAGCACUUCUGCUGGGUUUUCGUUCUACAUUACAUCUCUUCAAAGUAAACUACAAGGGCACGAUAUCAUUUAUGCUUGGGCUCUUCCUCAUAUUCGUUCGCUGGCCAGUUGUGGGUAUCAUUGUGGAAAUAUAUGGAUGCAUUGUCCUCUUCAGCUGUUUCUGGCCAUCCAUUAAGGUUUUCCUUUUCCAGAUUCCUGUAUUUGGGUGGAUUCUGUGGUAUCCUGCUCUGCUUCUUGACCGUUUUCGAAGCUGACUGAUUAGUCUGCUCCAGUUAUCCUGUUUGAUUCCUCAUCAUCUUUUUGAUGAGUUUUUGUGCAAAGGAGGAAGAAUAUACUCAGCUAGGACUCAUCAAAGUUGUCUGUUAUGUAAUGCAGCAAUUUGCUGUCUCGCUGAUCUUCACUUGGUAUCCUCCAAUGGUUCACUCAAAUGUAUAUUAUAGAUUAUGAUUAUUUCAGUAGCUGCCUAUAUUUCUGCAGAAAUAUAAUCAUUAGUUUCUAACUAACUAUUCUUCUUCUCAAGUUUUCUCAUACCAUCCUCUAUUUCCUCUACCAUUUCUAAGGAAACAUUUUACAUGUUUGGUUGUUAAGAGGAUUGUAGGUAAUUGCUUAGGGGUUAGAAUUUGUUCCAAAUUGCAAAGCCUUCUCUUCAAUUUUGUUAACUCUCGGCUAAUGGCACCCUUGGAAUAUGAUUUUCUAGGUCCAAAAUUAACAUUCUUUGUCGUCAUUAAUGAUUUAUUUCUUAGU